GCACUUAUUUGCGCAUAUGCCCUGAACACGUGCUUUGGAAAUCGGUCAGACGUGUAGUUAACGUUGAAGCGUGGUUGCUACUUGCUAGCUAUUCCUGCAGUCCUCCGUGAAGCACGCGCCGAGAGGACUCACUUACUCAACAAUUGAUAAUUGAUAAUAUGGCCGACCCUGAAGUGAACCCCAAGGCCUACCCUUUGGCCGAUGCUACACUGACCAAAACCAUCCUGGACCUUGUGCAACAAGCGUCCAACUAUAAGCAGCUAAGGAAAGGCGCAAAUGAGGCCACUAAAACCUUGAACCGGGGCAUUGCUGAGUUUAUCGUGAUGGCAGCUGAUGCUGAACCUCUGGAGAUCAUCUUGCAUCUGCCACUACUGUGUGAAGACAAGAACGUGCCAUACGUUUUCGUACGCUCUAAGCAGGCCUUGGGACGCGCGUGUGGAGUUUCAAGGCCCGUAAUUGCCACAUCUGUCACAAUUAAGGAGGGGUCCCAACUCAAACCUCAAAUCCAGUCUGUGCAGAUGGCUAUUGAGAGACUGCUGGUUUGAUCUAUGGAAGUUAUGUUAAGAAAGUAAUUUGUGGAGACUUUUGUUUAAAAAUGAAUCCUCAUUUCAUAAUCCUUAUUUGAACACAGUUCAUUCCAUUGUAUUGCCAGUGUACAAAUAUGCUUUCAUGCUUUUGUGAUAUUAAAAUAUGGUCUUUUUAAA